CUGAAAAGAUUGACCCUUGAAGAAUCCCGUAGCUCAGAAUCAUCAGUUACCACCGGUUACCACGCAACCCUACAGACGGUGUUAUUUAUCUUUCCUCUGAUAGCAAAACUCAACAUACACCCGAACUUUAAGGCGCUUUACGCUUGUGGCUAUGAUUUAGCUGCGUUUGUGGCGCUCAGUAGCGAUCCUCGAAGUGAAAUACCGGACGUAGCGGGCUAGUGUGCGGCAGCUAGCUCACUAAAACCGCAGUGAGUGCGGAGUUAAAAGAAGGUGGCGCUACUGACACUUUAUUGCUCCAAGAAUGAAUGUCGCUAAAAGUGGAUAUCGUGUGUUUUCCGCAAACUCCUCGGCAGCAUGCACAGAACUGGCUAAGAAGAUAACGGAGAGACUAGGAGUUGAAUUGGGGAAGUCUGUGGUUUUUCAAGAGACCAACAGAGAGACGAGAGUGGAUGUGAAGGAAUCCGUUCGAGGGCAAACCAUCUUCAUCAUCCAGACCAUACCACGAGAUGUGAACACAGCCAUCAUGGAGCUUCUCGUCAUGGCGUAUGCCCUCAAGACCUCGUGUGCAAAGAACAUCAUUGGAGUUAUUCCUUACUUCCCUUACAGCAAGCAGUGCAAGAUGAGAAAGAGGGGCUCCAUAGUAUGCAAACUGUUAGCCUCAAUGUUGGCUAAAGCAGGUCUCACGCAUAUAAUCACUAUGGAUUUGCAUCAGAAGGAGAUCCAGGGCUUCUUCAGCUUUCCUGUGGAUAACCUGCGAGCCUCCCCAUUCCUGAUUCAGUACAUCCAAGAAGAGAUUCCUCUUUACAGAAAUGCUAUAAUUGUUGCAAAGUCCCCUGCUGCAGCUAAAAGAGCUCAGUCGUACGCCGAGCGGCUGCGUUUGGGCCUGGCCGUGAUCCACGGCGAGGCUCAGUGUUCUGAGUCAGACAUGGCCGACGGAAGACACUCCCCUCCGUGUGUGCGUAACACCACAGGUCACACGGGACUGGAGCUGCCAUCAGGCAAACAACAAGCUCCGUUCCCUGGCAUAGAGCUUCCAAUAAUGAUGGCCAAGGAGAAACCUCCGAUUACUGUAGUAGGAGACGUGGGCGAGAGAAUUGCCAUAAUUGUGGAUGAUAUUAUAGACGACGUAGGAGAUUUUGUUGCUGCUGCAGAGAUCCUGAAAGAGAGAGGAGCCUAUAAAAUUUACAUUAUGGCAACUCACGGUUUACUUUCUGCAGAUGCCCCACGUCUCAUAGAGGAAUCAGCCAUAGAUGAGGUUGUCGUGACGAACACAGUCCCCCAUGAGGUGCAAAAGCUACAGUGUCCAAAGAUCAAGACGGUGGAUGUCAGCAUGAUCCUGGCGGAGGCCAUCCGUCGUAUCCACAACGGAGAGUCCAUGGCCUACCUGUUCAGAAAUAUAACGGUGGACGACUGAUCUGGGUUUGGUGAUAGAAACCAGAUCCACCGCUUCCUGCUUAGCGCUGUAAUAACCAGCUGCCCCACAUCGUCUUUAUAUCAGGAUCACACAUGUCCUCUUUUAUUUAAAGAUAUUCUAGAAAAUGACCAAAUAACUGACCCAUUUGCUUUACCAGAAGGUGUUCACUUUAUUUCUUUAGUUCGCUUAUUAAAUUUAUGGUUUUCAGACCUGAUAAAUCACACCAGAAGAUUCAUACCAGCAGCAACAGAGACCUCUGCUGCUUCAUAAUUCAAAUGAUGACAUGGAUCUUUGAGUUUAAGGGUGAGGAGAGUGAAGUACUUCAAUGGUAGUACUUUUAAUACAUCCCUUUAUUAGCAACCAAUGCCCUAUACGACAAAUGUUAAAGGGAUAUUUCAGCAAUGUCCAAGAGUGUUUUUGUGUGUGUGAAAGUUGUAUGUAGAUACUAUUUCUAUCAAAUUGCCUCCUGAUUGGAAAAGUAGGCUUUAUCUCCCAUAGGACUGAUGAGCUAAUGGCUAGUUUGAGUGUAACCAAGAUCAAAGUGUAUUGCCCCACCUACCCCUAUUGCACACUGGAAGCAUCUGCGGCGCGGAGUGGCACUGCUUCAAAUAGAAUCCACUAUAGUCUAUGGAUGUUUGAAACCAGCCAUGACGCGGCAAUUUUCAGACGUGUCUCAGAAGCGGCACACCACACCGCCAAAGAUACGAUCGGGUUCUGUUUUUUCCUCGCGCCACUUCUGGAACACAUCAAUUUCAGCAGUUAACAAAGGGCUAGACCAAAAAAAUCACACACGGUUGUAAAAACCCUGGUAAAUUUCAAAUUAAAGUAUUGCAGUGAUGCAGUUUCAUAUAUGUGAAGCUUAUGUGUGACUCAACGGCUCAUAGCAUUGUUCAGAAGUGCUGCGGUUUGUUUUUCAUGGCUUUAUUCCUGGCAGUGGAGGAACAACAUAAUAUGACAUCAAACAGCGAUAUAAAACAUGAUUUCCUUCGUUUUGGUUUAAUGGUCUAAAAUUUGACAUUAGGUUUUUUACAAAACAUCCUGUUGUUAUUUACAGAUGUGAGUAUUUGUAUCAGCACUAAAAGUCAGCCAGUACUCGACACAGUCGGCAUGAUUGGCUGCCAGCCAAUCAAAAGGUUUUUCUCUCAAGUCUCUUGAUACAUGAUGUAAUCUUUAAAUGCUAAACUUGCUAAAUGCUAAUUUAUACCAGCAGUGUAUUUUCCAUGUGGAAAAUACUUUCAGAUUUCUAAUUAAAAAAAAAAAAGUAAAAAAAACCCUCAAGAAUACUUAUAAUUAGAUCAAAGCAGUACAAGAGUCUGAAAUGGGUAUUAAAGCUACAAUAUCAAAUUCGGAAAACAAAUUGGUUAAAAUUUUUUUUUUCAUGACUCAACAACAUUCUAACAUAGUAUAGCAAUAAAUAUAUUGUGGAGAUAAAAAAAAAAGCAACACUUGCACUGGGGCCCAGCCUCAAGCUUGCUACGCCACUGCAUUUUAGACCAAACGCAUUUAUUCGACCAUCUAGUUGUUGGUCUUUUCGAACCUCCGUACUUCCCUGGGUCCUCCAUUAUACACUCAUAUAUUUAGCAGCAGAACACCACUGGUGCGAAAGGUUCUCUGCUCAGUGAUAUCAGAGAAGGAGAAACUGCCGGCUGCUACCACUUCUACUUUAGGACAAACUACCAGAGUCCAAAAAAGAAAAACGCCAUUUGAAGUUUAUGAAAACAAAAGACGUUUGGACCUAGAAAACAGCGACCGGUGUUUAGCGUUCCCUCGUUUUCUCUGGCAUUGUGGGUUUCCAGUUCGGGCAGAAGAGUCUCAGGGAAGAUGUUCACUAGCUUGUUUGCAGAUUAGCUACACCAGCUUUAACCAUACUCUGGUAUACACACCCUUACGAUCAUGUAAAUAUGUUUUAAAUGAAAAAGAUGGGAUGGGUUGGCUCUGACUAGCUGUUAUCUUAUCAAUCCAGUAAGAUAAAUCUUAAUUUCAGGCAGAAGCAGACUUCAUAGUGGCUGAAAUAAGUUCAGGAAAGUCGGAUGUGUGGAGCAACUAUCAGUUAUUUGUUCUUGUGGAUGGAAAACACAAAUAUAACAAAAUGUCCUGUAUAGAAUCAGACUGACCCAAAGCAAAAAAAGAAAAAGAAAAACUGUAGUUGAGAUGCUUGACCUUCAGCUCCGUCCUUCUAGAAACAAAUAGUUGUUUGUUUUUUAUAUCUAACACACAGGGUAGCAAAGUUUUUACAAGAUUUGGCAACAGAUGUGACUCCUUCAAAGCUCUGACGAAGGCGACAGGAAGUAGUUGAAACUGUUGGCAAAAUAAGGUAAAAACUUUGCGACUCUGUGUUAGAUAAGAACAAAAACAAGUGGAAUUAGGACAAAUAAAACAGAAACAACAUAACAAAGAAAUAGUUUUUAUUAUUUAUGACCAAACAGCAUUUCAUAUGUUGACUGAAGUCCAUCUGCAAAGGGAAACGAUGCCCAACCAGCAUGUUUCCUUACUCUCCCGCUCGCUCCUGUAGCACUGAAACGAAGCAUGUCGCUUCUAACUACAAAACAUAAAGAAAGUGGAAAGUCUGGCCUUAAUGCAGAUUUUUGGCCAUUUUAGUUGAGGUUGCCGAAGGUUUUCCUGCGUUGUUACACUAACGCUUUUAUUUAUAAGUGUUUGAAACACCAGUGAAGUUAUUUUAACUACAGAUUCUGUUACAGUGUCACCUCAGAGUGUUUUCCAGAUUAGUCACACAAACCUUUUAUUUGAAAGUGAUGCUCACAAGGAUUCUGUCAGCUUUUGUUUGCUCAGGGAAACAUUCUUUACACGUCGCUGCUCUUUACGUUGUUUUAGAGGCUCGUGGAGAGGGUGUCUUCCCCACAGCAGCACUGUGACACUUCUCUGUUUAAAUGUGCAUUUUGUCUGCGUCGGUCAGAUUUGUUUCCAUGAAGUGUUAUGAAACACACAUUUGAGAACGAGUGUUAAUCUGGUGUGUUGGUAUGGAACAAAGGAAAUGACUGCAUGAAAUGUCCUAUAGGUGUCAUACGACUGUAUUUAUUGUUCUGGUUUGUCCUGUCUGAUUCUGAUGUGUAUGAAAAUAAAGAUGUUGCCUGUU